AUGGAAUCAGGGAAUAGUAGUAGCAUGCAAUCUUCAAGUGGUGGAGAUGAUCAAGACUAUGAAUCUAGUGGAGCUACUGCAGGUAAUUACUUCCUACAUAAUAAUCAUAAUCAUAAUCAUAAUAGUACUGGUGGUAAUAUUAAUAGUAGCAAUAAUAAUAAUAAUCAUAAUAUUACCACCCCACCUUCUCAAUUCAAUAAUAACAGUACUCAUAAUAAUCCCAAUAAUAUGUUCAUGUUAUCUUCCUCCCAACUACCUCCACCACCACCUCCACAAAAUCUGAAUUUCGUUGAACCCUUUGACAACAAUUACCAAAACAUCAUGUUCUGGCAACACCAACAGUUUAACAACAGCAGCGGCGGUGGCGGUGGAGGUGGAGGUGGUGGAGGUAGUGGAGGUGGUGGGAGUAGUGGUGGUGUUGGAGGUGGAUUAGUUGAUCCUCCGCUUCCGCCACCGCCUCCUGCUAUUACAAAGCCUAGUACUACUACUAGUAGUAGUACUAGCAGUGGAGUUGGAGUCGGAGUAGGAGCUGACAAAAACAGUAAGAACCCAAGGAAGAGAACAAGAGCGUCAAGGAGAGCGCCAACAACAGUUUUAACAACAGAUACUACAAAUUUCCGAGCUAUGGUUCAAGAAUUUACUGGCAUUCCAUCAUCACCAUUUUCUGCUGCUGCUUCUCCUCUUCUAUCAAGACGACUAACAGAUCUUCUAUCAAGUUCAGGUCGCCAAGGGCAAGGACCACCACCUCCGAUGGUAGGGAGCAGUUCAAGUUCAUUGGAAAGACUCCUUGCUGGAUAUAAUAGUAGCACUAAUAAUUACCCUUUCAGACCUGCAGCUCAAAAACCAAAUAUUAUGAGCCCACAAAAUAGUAAUGCAUCAACACUGAGUAAUAAUCUGUCGUUUCAAUCUCUACUACAAUCAUAUGCAUCAACAGGUGGAGCUGCUGGGACCAGCUUGUUAUCACCUCCUACUACUAAUGUUGUUGGGAAUCAUUUCCAAGAUUUCACUGGGGUGAUCGGGAGUGAUCCGAUGUUCGGGUUCGAGCCGUCGAUGCGAUUAGCAUCGGACGGCAGUGGCCGUGGUGGUGGUAGUGGUAGUGGUAGUGGUGGUUGGAGAGGUGGAAUAGGAGGAGGGACCAGAAGAGUAUUGUCAAAUGAUGAUGAAAAUGAAAAUGAUGAUGGAAAUAUUCGAGGUGCAAGCAAUCUCUUUUAUUAG